AUGCAUAUAGCACCUGGAUUUCCCCACCAACCAUCCCAGCCUGCACCUACACCUGAGCAUGAGCUCAAGGCCAUGUUGAAACAGUUGCUCCAAGGCCAAGCGGAUGGUAUUGUAGAAACAAGCAAGAAGCUAGCUGACAUUAAUUCCAAGAUUGAGAACCUGAACACAAGAGUGUACUCACUAGAAAACCAUGCUUCUUCUGCUGCUGCUGCUACAAAGCAAGGACAAUUACCAGAGAAUGUUGCUGCUGAGGCUCCUGGAGUCCAGAAUUAUGAACCUGAGGUGCAAGCUACUCAAAUAGCUGUCCACACUUCACCAGUUGAGCUCGCACAACAUGCUCAAUCGGCAGCUCGAUCAAAUCCUAGUCGCAUACUCAGUCAAAGUCAGAAGGAAGUGAUUCAUAAGUUCAGAAGAGACCUCAGUAAGGUUGGAGUUGAGUUGCCUUUUAUGGAAAGCAUGAGUGAGGCAUUUGAGCAAAUGCCAUUGAUUCAAGAUGUCUUGAACAACAAGGACAAAGUGUCUAAGCUUCUGGAGGACUCUACUUCCCAGACCAACAUCCUAACCUCACCCUCUUUCUUGCCAAAGCUUGAGGAUCAAGGAAAGUUUACACUUCCUAUUACACUUGGACAUUUGGAGCUUGAUAAUGCCUUGGUCGAUUCUGGUGCUAGUAUCUACCUCAUCUCACUCACAAUGGCUCAGAAACUUGGUAUUCAUGGAACAUUGCAACGCCCUACUACUUCAAUCAUGUUUGGAGAUGCCACUUCUAAGUCUCCUCUUGGUGUAUUCAAGAACUAUCCUUUGAAAUUGGGAGAAUGCAUUGUCCGAACUGAUCUCACUGUCUUGGAGAUGGAAGAAGAGAAGGAUGUGCCUAUGAUCUUGGGAACUCCCUUCUCUAGCACAGUUGGCGCUUCAAUAGACUUUCACAAACAAGAAGUGAUUCUCCACAAGGUCAAUAGCUUGGUCUCAUACCGCUUGCAACCUAGAGGAUAUGAGUAUUGUGGCACAAUAGAGAGUACACCAAUGAGUUCCAAGAGUCUUGAAGUUGCUAAGAUUGUGAAUAGGAAGAUUGACAAGGAACCAAGGGUUGAGAGAGAAACAAGAGUUGAGAAAGGAUCAAGACUGGACAAGCUAAAACUUGAGAAACCACGACCUGAAAGGCCAAGAGCUGAUCGCCUUGUUCAUGCGCCUUGUGUGCUUGAUGAAGAGAGCCUUCAAGCUUUCUUUGAUGAGCCACUAGGAAGGGCUCUAAAAGAAGGGGGGGGGAUGCAGCUUCUAAGGCACUACCAGGUGAUAAGAGGAAAGAUCCACCAGUUCAGGCCUCUUUAG